UACAAACAAAUAAAUUUCCUCGGCGACUUUAAGGGAUUCAGACUUUGUGAUGUCAGAGGUCUUACAAAAGAACAGAGAGCAUCUGAAAAUUUUCUUCAGGACUUGAAAAUGUUAAUUGAAGGUCGCAUAAAACCUCAAUACACGUUUGAUACCGCUAAGCCAAUAGCUGAUGACGAUCCAUAUUACAACAAAACGCCAACUGUAAGUGACAUGAUGCACUGUGUUAUCAUCCUGUUUGACAUCACGGAAGCAUAUGAGGUUCACUCAAGUCAUCAAGCUGAUAUAAAGAACAUUAUGAAGGAACUAAACAAGACAAAUGUUCCAGUUUCCGUGAUUCUAACAAAAGCUGACAUGCUAGAUCCCUCGGUGCGAAGAAAUAUUGAUAACAUAUACCAUAGUAGAAAGGUACUAAGGGCCGUGGAAACAGCAGAAAGAUCGCUACGUGUACCUAAGAAGGAUAUACAUCCUGUUGUAAAUUUCGAGAACGAGAUCAGAUUUGAAUGGAGGACAUCUUUGCCUUUGCUUGCUGCAUUAAAGUCUUGUGUAAGUAGGGCAAGGAGCCACUUCUAUAAUGACAGCAGACUUCAGCGUGAUUAAGGAGAAAUUAAGCGCGAUACGGCUGAAAAGUAAUUUUCAUUGUGGAGGUCAGAAGCCAUUGGGUGACUAAGACCAGGUUUAUAUAGAAUAUUUGACUUAUAACUCCUCUUCUAUAAGUGAUCAUCUUGUUCUAAGAUUAACAUAGAUUUUCAGUUGUAAAGGAGUUCCGGCUACCAUUUUCAGCUACAUUGUAUCUUGAUAAACAAUUACUUUACUAACAUAUUUAGUUAGUUUUCAUGGUUAAGGAUUCGUCACAGUGGCGUCCUUUUUACUCAAAAUUUUAAAGGCAAGUUUUCAUAAAAAUAAAAGACGACUAAGUGGUAACAAUAAAGUCAACCAUUUUGUCAUAAUAAUGUUCUAAAUAACUAUGCAAACAUAAUUAUGCAAGUAAAAGGGUGUGCAUUUCUUUACCUAUAUUAUGCCUAUAUUCGAUAUUUAUUAUGGCCAAGAUGACAAAAGUUAGUAAUUUUACAUGUAGUCAAACUCGAUGUAUAUUAAACAUAUGUAAAAAAUAACUAAAGCCAGUUAUAAGCAGACCACGUAGACCACAGUCUUUUGGAAUUUAUUUUGAAAUUUAACCUGGUUACACAUAUAGAUAUAUAAAUCAAAACACCAUAAAUCUUUACAAUUUGUGUUAUCUGUUCACAUAUAAUUUACGGUAAUAUUUACAGAUGAUAUUAUAGGUUGAAUGCUCAAUGAAAAACUAUCUCAUCCCCCUAUACAAGUCAACACAGUAAGUGUAGUACUGCGUUUAACAAUCAAUUUGUACUAGUUACCUGGCAACAGCUGUGUACAGUUAAGCAUAUACAAACAACAUUUUAAAUUAAAUUUAUAUGGGGUUGUCUUUUUGUGUCUAAUGCAAAAAAAAACAAAAUUUCGACAAAAAAUUGUACGGUUUUGUAGCAUAUAUAUCGUAAUUCACAAAGAACUAAAUUUUGUCUUUGACAUCAAGUGAAAGUGGACUCAUCAAACGCAAAGUCAAAGAGGCCAUCGCUCAACCGAGACGAGGACUUGGAGCUCCCCUCCCCCGUCUACGGACCUCUCCUCCGAUCACGUGACCUUUCAACGUCACAUGCCUACCAUAACACCUGUUACACUGAGUAUGAAAUUUCUUCAUCAAAAUGUUAAAUCCAGAGCAUGGGAACAACAUCAUCAGUUGUUUCAACAAGAUUAGUAUCAUUUAAAGUCAUUAUAUAUGUAUACAAUAUUACAUGGGAGACGUUAAGCCACUUUUGGAAACGUUUGAUAUUAGUUUCAGUUGUGAGGAAUUAUAAUGUCCGUAACCAAUGAUUACUUGAUAGUUUUCAUAAGUACCGGUAUUGUGACAGUAUAACAAGUGGGGUGUAAUUGUGUUUAAAAGCUAAGGUUCCUAUUUCAUUCAGCAGUGUGCUUAUUCGUUAGGAAAAUAGUUAAUAUUUAAAAUAAAUACCAACAUAAACAUGUAUUGGCUUAUGCUUAAUCCAUAUACAAAUGCGUAAACCAUAUACAAUUUGGUAUUUAUGAACUAGAUCCUUAGGUAACUGUAUACAUGGUUGGUCAGUUUAUGUUAUGGCUGUUUUUAUAUGCAUUGUUUUAUUUAUUAUAUAUAGCUGUGGUUUAAUUUUAUUUACCUGGGUAUUUUGUAGCGCUUGUAUUGCUUGAUUAAUAAUGGUCUCUCAAACGUGUUUGCCUUGACCAGUUAUUUUCAGAGCCAAGUCACUACACAACUGCAGCGUAUCUAAGCAUUGUUUCAUGAAAGAACGAAGUAAGUUGUAUUUUGACUCUAGGAUAUAUAAAAUUAAAAACUGUUUAUAUGCCGUCGCUUCGUCCGUUCGUCCUGCAGUUCUUGUCAGUUGCAUUUCUCAACAACCACGAACUGGAAUGAAGCGAAACUUGAUAAUUGCUUUUUAAUUUUUCAGCAUGAGUAUUCUAAAGCACAAUUUCUUGUCCGAGUAUUUCUCAGAAACGUCUUCAUAGACAGCUUAACUCUAAAGAGGAAAUUAUCUUCGCGAACCAGUCAAAUGAUGUUUCACUGAGAAAAAAAACCUUUAUUUAUUUAACAUUAUAACACUGUUGUUUGUCCUGAAUAUUUCGCAGCAUCCACCCGCCCGAAUUUAGCAAAACAUCAUAGUAAGCUUCACUCCAUAUAAAAGAUAUCUUAUACUUGAUUUUUCUCAACUACUAAUUGCUGUCGAGAGUUCUGAAAAGAUUCUUUUGAAAAUUCACUACUAAGCCGAGGUAUAUGUCCUUUCGAUUAAUUCUGCUUUUCCGCUUAAUCACACGGAAGGAAGGAUCCUUUGGUUGUUAAUUGCUUUAAUCUUGCUAAUAACAUAGGGUGAAUUUCUUUUAUGUUUUGAUUGCUAAUACUUUUGUUUUAAAUCAUACAAAAAUUAUAAAAUCUGUUGAUUUUCAUAUUUGUGUAAAAUGUCAUAAAUCGUAAUAUAAGCGUUUCUCUCAUAUUUAAUCAGCAUAAAAGUCUUUCCUGAUUACUGUAGAAAAGUGUUUUAUGUCUGUCUUACUCUAGUUUAUACUAUUUAUCAUAUGAAAUAUACUAAUACUUCAUAAUUUAACACCCGUCCGCUUAGCUCAGUAGACAGAGCAUUGGUUCUCCCUGACGAUUUGAUUAAAGACAUUAGCCUGAAAUCAUUCGUCCUCUAAUUCUUGUGGGGAAGUUGGCAGUUACUUGCGAAGAACCCGUUUGUACUGGUACAAAAUCCAGGAGCACUGGUUAGGUUAAUUGCCACCAUUGGAUGAUUGAAAUACUGUUGAAAAACGGCGUUUAUCCCAACCCAAACGAUCAUAAUUUAAAACAAUGAUCUCUGUUUCUACCCUAAUCUAAAGCAACAUCUACGCUGUUAGAUACUGAAUAAUAUUUCAUUUAAUCAUCGAAGCGAAAGAUCCUUUUCUAAUGGUAAGAACCCUUCAAAAACAUCUUCCUCAGUAUCGUAUACAUUAUGCCUAUGAAUAUGAUUAUAUCAUUCAGAUAUUUUAUUAUUGAAGAUAACUAUUUAAGACUAUAAAUGUAUUUUAUUUUUGUAUCUGAUUAAAAAAAAUGAAUAUAUGUAUAUACGUUUGUAAAGGAAAUGCCUGGAUUUAUAACGCGUUUCUGUAUAUAUUAUUACAUAUGUGUUGGCAAAUGUUUACUUAAAAAAUACUGUGUUAAAAUAUUCUUUUAAUAACAUAGCAUAUGUUGUUCGUUUGUCCUUUUUACUUUCAAUAUCAGCACAAUACACUGAAACACGUUGAAGGCGAACUCUAGAAUACCUCUUAACAACUCAAGUUAGAGAGUAUAAAUACGAAAAUAUAAUUUGUUACCUGUUAUCACUAUAACGAUACAGAGUACGAAAAAGAAUCUUUAGCUUUUGAUUUUAUUGCCGGGUUUAAAGUCACACCGAUAUAGUUUUAUCAUAUCGUGACUUUUCAAUUUCAAUGGUAGAGGAAGACACCAAAGUGCCUCUUCGUUGAAAACAUCAGUCAAGGGCGGGCAUCUUUGUGGAACCAACAACCUUUGUAUAUCAGCUGCAUGGCUUUCUCACAUGAAGGAAUUCUUCACCACAGGCAGCAUUUCGAAUCAAGGGCGGAGAGUGACAAGUGAUUCGAAAUCAGUGGCCUCAAAUACAUGACUACGUUUUAGGUAUCUAAGAGUGACUUUAGUAUUCAAAUCGUUACUGGUAUUAAAGUUUGAUAAUCUCUUUUGAAAAAUACAUUUUUAUUGUAAACUCCCGUGAAAACAGUAACCAAAACAAAAUAAUCCAGUAACAAAUUGUAUCAAAAUUGUGAAUAAAUGGUGAAGAAAUCGGGAUUUGCCGACAUUUCUUUAUGAUUCAUAUAAAUGAAUCGGUAGCAAAUAUAGUUUUGCAGAGCAAGUCUUAUCCACAUUUAUUGCAAAUAAUUUAUCUGUUUACCAUUCUUUAGAAACAGAUAUUUUGUGCAAUACCAUUUAUUACUGAUUCACUAUAUUUUAAUUUUGAAAUACACGAUUUGUUAAAGAUUCAUUAGAAACAGAAAUUUGUUAAACACCAAUUAUCAUCGAUUCAUUUUACUGAAAAAGUAAAGUCUUGGCAACAACGACAAGCGUCAUUAUGGGACGACUCUCAUUAUUACACCCCGCCCCGCUUACGUCGUCCCACAAAACGUUAUUAUAGCAACGCCCCGCCAAACGUCGCCCAGAAAACAUCGCCCCGCCGAAUCUUUCCUCGCUAAAGGUUGAUGUAUCCCCUGUGGAGAACCUUAGAGGACCACGCUUAUUCAAUAUGAAUUGUAAGACGCCGCCCCGUCUGACUUUAAGGCCUAUCUUUUCCAUAUCACUAGCCGUAUCAUUGAGGAAGUAAAACAGAUUUCUCUACGACUGUUAAAAUCACUGUUUGGAUAAGAUCUGCCAUAGCCCUUGCCCAACUGCCACCCCAUGUAUUUAAACGCAUAUUGUUUUCGGCACAGGCGGCUGCGGUGGCCCUUGUUAUGGUGCAUCUUGCUGCAGUGCUACUAGUUGCGGUACCACAAGCUGCCUUGCCGCUUGAUGUGGUGCUCCUAGCUGAGUUGCCUCUAGCUGCCUUGCCGGCUGUUGUGCUGCUUAUGGCUGGGGUGCUGGCAGUUGUGCAUCUACUUCGUCGUCAUCAGAACAGAUCGAUAGUUGGCCAGCUGCAGCACCUUGAGCGUCUAGACCAGCAACAUUUCUGGCAUAGGCUUCCAAAGGCAUGGAUCUUGGUGCAUUCUUAUUGUCAUUUUGAGGAAUUAAUCGUCCUCCAAUUGUGUGAUUUUGCCUACCGCAUUUCUGAA